CAGCACGGGGUACCCAGCGCGGGGUUAGGGUGGGUGGGCUCCGGACACCAGGCGGGUGCGACCCACCCCACCCCCGCCUGUCGCCUGGUCCCCACCUCGCAUCUCUCAUCCCUCUUAUCCCCGCCCGUGCCGGUGCGCAGCCCUCAGCCGAGGCCUCUCCACCCACCCCUCUCGGCCUGCUACUCCCCACCAAGACUAAGGGCACGUCCAGGCCCACCUUCCCUCCCCACCCCGUAAAAUAAACAGGUCAGGCAGCCAGGUGCCCGCGGCCUGGAACCCAGGCCGUGUGUGAUGCGCAGUCGUUGUUCUGAUCAUCGUGAUGGUGGUGGCAGUGGUGACAGCUACCCAUCAUUGGACGCUAAAGUGUCUGGUCUGUCUUGAGUACCUUAAGUGCAUCACGUUCUCUAGCCAAGCUGUGUAUCACAGAGGAGGACACUGAGGUUCCGAGAGGUCAAGUAACUGCCAGGGAAUGAAGGAGUGCAGGUUUGAACCUAGGCUGUCCUAUAUGACUCAAGACCUUCACCACAUGGCCUUGUUUGCAAGACCUCAGAGGUCAUAUGUAAUUUAGGGCUGUAAGUGUUCCCUUUGAACCUGAAUUGAGGAUUUCUUUCUGAAAGCAUUCAUCAGCCUCUGUCUGCUGAGCCCCCGCAGGGAGAUCUUGGUGGUGUUGCUGGUGCUUGGCUCCCACAGGAUGUUAAAGGGGAAAAAACUUACACUUGGGUUUGUUUGUUUCGUCUGUUAUUGGUCUCAGCCCAGAGAUCUUUGAGCAAGUGGUGGAUGCGUCUUCCACCUGGCAGCCUGGCUGCCGCGGUUGGCAUGUUAUUCCAGAAAGAGGAAAGAAAAGACAGAGACAUGUUUAUGACCGCCUUCUUCCGUUGACCUCGUCUCUUCCUGUCUGGUUCUUUCUUUAAUGAAAAGAGAGAGUAAUUUUAUUCAUCUUAGAAUGUUGUGUAAAUCCCUUUUAAAAGUUUCAACACACCUCUACCUGCAUACCACUGAUGCCGUCCUUAGGAAAAGUCGGCUCUGGGCAUCAUAGGCUCUUGAUAGACAUUUAGUGAAUGGAUGAAAUGAGACUAACUUAAUGCCUCUGAUUUAGAGACUUGUUCUUUGGUUUAUGGCUUUAUGAUGUGAGAGGACUCGGUUAUAACGCAGGUACCCCCCCGGAGGGCAGUCUUAAGUCUAUUCCUCCCACAGAAACAUGUUUGUGUCGACCAGCGGCCAUUCUUGGGUUGCGCUAGUCCUAGGCGACCCAGGAAACCCCCAGGACUAUCUUUUGACAAUCCCAAGGUCUAAGGGUCAGAGCUGGGGACCUGAGCAGAGAGCCCUGGACACGUUGUGGGGACACCAUAGUAACGACAGGGUGGCUGCUCUCCUCAAGAAAGCUAGGCUUGUGUUCAGCCUUGCUGUUUCCCGAAUGAUCGAUGCAGUCACCAAACCACUCAUCUCCCAGACUCUGCUGCAGACCAUGGCACUGGUAAACUAACUAUUUGGGGUAAGAAUAAAGCCAUAUUACUUUCACAAGAGUGUAAAGACAUGGGCAUGCCCAUGAGUCUCACAGCUGGGACAGACUGUGGCCCUCCUCGAACUCAGCGGGCAGGGGCUUCUGUUCCUAAAAAGAAUGAAGGGGGGAAGGUGUUUGGGGGGGGUCUCCAUGAAGGACAUUUCCCCAUAAGUGAAUGUUGUCUGUCUGUCAGAUCUGUGUCUUUGAAGCAGUUUGAUUUCUUGGAUUCCCUCCUUUUUUUUUUAAGGCUAUACUGUCAAGCAAUCGUGGGACAGUCGAAGACUUCUUCCUGGCUGGCCGAAAUCUACCGUGGUGGCAGAUAGGUGCUUUUCUUUUUGCCUCAAAUAUGGGCGCUGGCCACGUUAUGGGCCUGGCUGGAAAAGGAGCGACUUCAGGGAUUGCAAUUGGGGCCUUCGAGUGGAUUGCUCCGUUUAUGCUCUGUCUUCUUGGCUGGAUAGUUUCUCCUAUUUACACUAGGACUGGGAUGCAAAAGAGGAUAUUCUGAGGAACCUGACAAGCUGAUUCUGAAAUGCAUGUAGGAGAUAAGGGGACAGCAGAGAAUAAACCAUUCAGGCCCACCGUCCAUGGGCCGCAUGGGGUGAUGUCAUCAACAUGGUGGAAUAAGAGCUUUCUGUCUCUCCCCAAAGAACACCGAUUUACACAGUCACCCAUGAACGGGAGGGCCUUUGUGGAGGUAGUGACGUUGCCCAGAUACUUGAGGAAGAGGUUUGGUAGCUGCCGGAUCCAGAUGCUCCUCGCUGUUCUGUACUUAAUCAUCUAUAUCUUCAGUAAGAUCUUGGUGGAGAUCUGCAUGGGCGCCACGUUCAUGAGGCUGGUGCUGGGCGUGGAUGUGUGCCUGGCCACUGUAGUCUUGCUGACGGUUACUGGCAUUUAUGCCGUCACAGGUGGUUUUGCAGCCGUGGUCUAUACUGAUGUCCUACACACUGGCGUGGUGGUUCUGGGCUCAGUCUUAUUGAUGGGCUACGCCUUUCAGGAGGUAGGAGGAUACCAGGAGCUACAGCGUAAGUACAUGGAUGCUAAGCCAAACCUGACCCAUGAAGGAAACUGGACUGUCCAGCUGGAAUGCUUGACCCCUCGCCAGGAUUCUUUCCAUAUAUUCCGAGAUCCCAUCACUGGAGACUUCCCCUGGCCUGGGAUCGUCUUUGGUGCCUCCACCCUCUCCUUGUACUACUGGUGCGCCAAUCAGAUUUUCAUCCAGGGCUGCCUGGCGGGGAAGAACGUGUGUCACGUGAAGGCCGGCUGCGUCAUGUGUGGGUACCUGAAGCUGCUGCCCAUGUUCAGCAUGGUGAUGCCAGGGAUGAUCAGCCGCGUCCUGUACUCAGAUAAAGUGGCCUGUGUGGUGCCCUCAGAGUGUGAAGAGUACUGUGGUUUCAGCACCGGCUGCAGCCCCAUGGCCUACCCCAUGCUGGUGGCGGAGCUGCUGCCCAAAGGUGUUCAAGGCUUGAUGGUGUCUGCUCUAUGGGCCUCUCUCAUGUCCUCCCUGACGUCUGUUUUCAGCGGUGCCAGCGCCGUGUUCACAAUGGACAUCUAUACCCAGAUGCGGCCGACAGCCACUGAAAAGGAGCUCAUGAUAACAGGAAGGUUUUUUGUUAUAGUCUUACUCGCUGUCUCCAUUGCCUGGGUGCCUGCUAUACAGGUGGCUAACAAGGAGCAACUGUUUGAAUACAUGCAGGCAGUUCUGAGCUACCUGACGCCGCCCAUUGCUGCUGUCUUCCUGCUCGCCAUGUUUUGCAAGAGAGUCACUGAGCAGGGUGCCUUCUGGGGGCUGACAAGUGGACUUUUGAUUGGCUUCUGUCGAAUGGUGUCUGAGUUUUCCUAUGGGACCUGGAGCUGCUUGGCAAAUGACAAGUGCCCUCUGAUCAUCUGCAGCAUGCACUACCUCUAUUUUGCCAUAAUCCUCUUCACCAUCAGCCUCUUCACUGUCCUGGGGAUCUCCUUACUCACAGACCGGAUUCCAGAUAAACACCUCCACCGCCUCUGUUGGAGUUUGCGGAACAGCCAAGAAGAAAGGGUAGAUCUGGAUGAAGAAAUACGAUGGAAGAGGCCCACACCGCAGGCCCAGCCAGGCAUAUUCAGGGAGGCCCAGACCUGCCUCUGGAAGGCCUGGGACGUGUACUGUGGCCUGGAGCCACUGCCGAGCCCUAAAGUGGCCCCAGGAGAGGCCAGUGUGCAGAAGAUGGAGCAUGGUGACAUAUCUGAAGGGACAGAGUGUGGUGAUGCAUCAAAAGGGACAGAGCUCCAUGACAUCUCAGAGACGCCCUGCUUGAGAAAGUUGUCCAACAUCUGCAGCUUCCUGCUGAUUCUGCUCACAGUCUUCUGCUUCCUCUACUUCUCCUAGGGCGGCCGGCCCUGGGCGCUGGGGAGCGGGCAGCCACUGCCUCUCACAGACGCCCUUGUCGAGGGGAGGAAGCGCAUCCGGCCGGGAGGCCAUGGACCAGGGACCGAGGAUCACAUUGAUGAGAACGCGCCCUCUGUCACGCGGCACGUGCCAGCAGCUGCAGGGCGUGUGGGCCGACAGGGCAGUGAAGCCCAUCGGCGAGUGCAGAGACUGCAAAUGAGAACGUCUGUUCCCUUGUGAAAUGACUCAUUCUCUCCAAAUGGCUCUACUGCACAAACACUGACUUCCACUUUAAAUUUAAUUUUGGCUUUUUAUCUCUAGAUAUAUUUGGGGGUUUUGCUUGUGUUUACUUUGCUGUCACCAUUUUCUUCCCGUACCCACCUUCUGUUUGUUUGCUGUGUUCUCUCCUCCUCUGUAAAGGUAUGGCUGCUGGAAAGAUGCUCCUCCCCACACCAGGGUCCCACCCACAGGGGCGUGCCCGUUGCUGGUGACCACAAAGGCCAGCUGGCGCCAGACCUGCUGGAUGAAAAUCUUGGCUCCUGCCUGGACCAGUGUGGGCUGAGGCAGUCCCUGCCCAAGCAAUGGGCCUCCCUCCAGCUCGGCACUGCCUGGCUGCACCCCUGGGUGGCAGGUGGGGAGGACACUCUCCUCCUUACGGAGCUCUUCCCAGUCGCUUCAGUCGGCCUGCUGUUGGGACUCUGCUAGGGGUUGGGUGCAGGGUUAGAUUCCCUUUAGCUGCCAGGUAUAGGCCGCUCCAGGCUGUUUCCUUAGGGGCUUCUAAGCCACUCCUUCCUCUUCUUUCUUCUCAGACCAAAAUAAAUGAUUCAUGUCUUUAGAAAAAGUUUCAGAUGCUUUGAAGUGAUCUUGGUAGGGGGCCCACCUAGCACUGCAGAAGUCACACUCUGAAGGAGCACUCGGGACCAGCCCCUCAGCCCUUGUUUAGUCCUUCAGCUGACAUUUUUGACUGCCUGCUGUACUGUGUGCCAGCCACUGCUCGGGGCAGUCCUGGAUGAGCCUGUGGUCUGUGAGGGCAGCAGACAGUGAAUGCCAGCAGUGAUGGCCAGCAUCCCAGGUGGCCUGUGGUUUUCCUACCCAGGUUGUCACAUGCCAGCUGUGGAGCCACCCCACAUGGAAGGAUUAGAACCAACCACAUUCCACAGAGGAGGAGACGGAGGCUCAGCAAGGGAACCUAGAAAAUGGGGAGUGGGCACAGGCCUGGAGCAAGGCCACGCACCGGCCCUGCAGGCACAUGCACACUGCAGGAGGGCCCACAGGAGAAGGCCUCCCGUGACUGAAGCAGGAGGGCACCUAGCUGAUCAGCGGGCAACGUGUGGGAAGA